GCUGGCUCCGCAUUGCCCCCCGCGCAGGAGCCGCCCCGGGGCGGACGGGCUCCGGGCUGGCCGCAGUCCUCGGGGUCUCCAGCCCCGGAGCGGCCCCGCUCGCCCGGCCCAUCUGUAUCCGGGUCUCGGCAGCUCUUGGGCGGCCCCCUGCGCCGCGCCCGCCCCCUCCGUCCUCCCAGGCGGAGCCGCUUCUCCUCUCUGAGCCGGAGCCCCGCCACCCCCGCGCUGCCCGAUAAACAGAGAGAUGUCUCACUCUGAAAACAAAGGGCUGAUAUUGGGCAUAAUGGCAGGGGCUGCUGGAAUAAGCUUGGUACUGGUUUGUUAUCACAAGAGCCGAAAAUCUGGGGCACCUGUAAAUUUGCCUGCAUUUCUAGAUUUACGCAGCAGAUUUCGUUAUGUAGAUUUGCAAAAUGAAACUCAUAAUGAGCAAGGAACAGUAAUGGCUUUACAAGGAAGACAGCUUCAGAUACUGGAAAAAUUGAAUGGCUUACUAUUGAGUGUGGAAGAACUGAAGAGAGAAGUGAAGUUUCUUAAAGAAGCUAUUCCAAAGCUGGAAGAGGUUGUUCGAGAUGAGCUGCAAGGGAAGGCUGGUGUUCGUCAGAUUAGCCCUUUACACAAAGCCACCAGAAAAAGAAGAGCUGAGACAGUUUAUGGUGCAACAGAAACUACCAGCUCUGAGGAGGCAGAUAGUGAAGGAGGCUAUAUUACAGCUCACAGUGAUACUGAAGGAGAAUCCGAAGAAGAAAGGGGAUGGAUUAGUUUACCUGCAGCAUCUGCAAGAACAGAAAAGGAAACAGAAUUAUUUAAUCUUCUGCAGCAGGUGGACAGUUUGCGUUGUGGUUCAGAUGAUGAUAAAAAGGAGAGCUUCAGACUGUUACUUGAGAAAGAGGAAAAGUAUGGAAACCAUGAGGGGUUUCUUUGGAGACUUGCACGAGCUUAUGGAGAUAUGUUUGAGAUGACUACAGAUGUUGAAGAAAAGAAGAAAUAUGUUGCUAAUGGAAAGAUUGUAGCUGAAAAAGCUAUUCAGCUGGAUACCAUGAGCGCUGAUAGCCACCAAUGGUUUGCAAUUAUGUGCGGCUAUAUGUCUGAAUUUGACAGUAUACAAAACAAAAUCAAGAAUGGCUAUCUCUUUAAGGAGCAUGUAGACAAAGCAAUUGAACUUAAGCCUCAAGAUCCUUUUUUAUAUUACCUAAAUGGAAGAUGGUGCUAUUCAGUAGCACAGUUGUCUUGGAUUGAGAAGAAAGUAGCUGCUACUCUUUUUGGGACUCCACCAACUUCAACAGUACAGGAAGCUUUGCAGAAUUUCCUUAAGGCUGAAGAAAUGCAUCCUGGAUAUUCCAAAUACAAUUAUGUAUAUUUGGCAAAGUGCUACAAAGAUCUUGGCCACAGAAGCAAUGCACUGAAAUACUGUGAUUUUGCAUCAUCAGUGUUACCAGUUACCAAUGAGGAUAAAGAGGCCCAGAAAGAUUUAGAAGCUUUACUUCUAACGCUGCAGCUGUGACGAAAAGCACUUUUAGCUCUUCAUGCUGUGAUGAUAUUGUAGAAGAACCAUAGAAACUAGUCACUGGGAGUCUGAUCCAAAGCUCAUUGAAGCUAGUAGAAAGACUACCAUUGACUUCAGUCAUUUUCGGAUCAGGCCCUGUAAGUGAAUGGCAAUUCGGGUAUGAAAAUAAUGCAUUCUAUCUUUUUGAUUCAUAGCUUUAUUUUUAAUUUUUGGAUCUACAGUUUGUUUUAAAUUAUUUUUGCUGGAAGUAUAAUCUUUCAUUAUGAAGUCCACUGCUGGCAAUGGACAGCACAUAGGCAAGAACGCCAAAUGCAUUAACUGUGUUCUUGGAAUGAUUUAAUCAACUAAACUGCAAUGCUAGCACAGGAUUAUAUGGAGCAAUUUAUUUGUUUCUACAUUAAAUUAUGUUUCUACCAAUUGAUCUAUAUAAAUGUAUAUGAAGGUACAUAAUAAACAUAUGUAUGUGUGCUCCUCUGCUUUUAUUCACAAGAAAUGUAUAAGAAGGAUGGAAGUUAAGGAAAAAGGGAUAGCCUUAAAAAACCUAUUUUUACUUUAGCCUAUUUUUGAUGGAAAUGUGAAAACUUUAUAAAUCAUGUUUUAAAGUCAUAUUUUAUGUUACUUGAAAAGAAAAUAUUAAAAAUUGGACCAAUGAAAUGAAAUAUUGUGGUUAAAUCUGUUAGAAUUGUGAUACAUGAGCCCCACCAGGUAGAUGAAUCCUGGUCAUUUGUCUUUAAAUAAUAGCCUGUUGCGGUAUUGUCAGUCUGGCUUUGAGAGCCCCUCCCCGCCAUGUGUAACAUUUGUUGAUCUUUCAUGUCAUUUGUGUAAUGUGGCUUAUGUAUACAUAUGUAAUAACUGUGACAUACUUCUUCUGCUUAAGCAAACCAAGAGUUUAUGGAAUAGCAGGAGUCUAAAUAAUACAGGAAAGACAGAGAGAUCAUUUUGUUUGCUCGGGGUCUGAUCCAAAACUCACUGAAGUCAUUGAAAAAACUCCAUCAUGAUCUUAAUUUGGAUUAAAGUAUGUGGCCAGAACAAGAAAAUGUUCCCAUAAAUGAAACAUAAAUACAGGUGAAUAUAUAAGCAAGAGUAGAUGAAUAUAUGAGCAAGAGCAAGCAUCAUUUCAAACAAAGGGCCAUAUAUUCAUCCUUUAUGUUUAAAAUAUCCAGGAAAAGAGCACUGACUUCCCUAGUUUCAUGCAAUGUUGUUGCAGCCAUGUUGGUCCCAGGAUAUCGGAGAGACAAGGUGGUUGAGGUAACAUCUUUUAUUGGACCAACUUCUGUUGGUGAAAGAUCUGAAGGAGAGCUCUGUGUAUUUCAAAAGCUUGUCUCUUUCGCCAACAGAAGUUGGUCCAGUAAAAGAUAUUACCUUACCCACCUUGGUUCCCUAGUUUCCAUCACCUUCAGGGAGCUAUUGAUUGACUUCAUUAACCUCUUGGAACCUUUAGGCAGUGUGGAAGAGACAGAGCCACUACCAAUAUAUAGCUGUGAUCUCUGCUUAUCAUGCUGACUAGUAUCAUUGUUUUCUUGUGCUCUCCCAAUCUGUGUGGAUCUCUGUCUCUUUUCUUAUGCUUAGAUUGUAAGCUCUUUGGGGCAGUGAUUUUUUUGUUCUGUGUUGUACAGGGCCGAGUUCAGUGCUUUACUGCAAUAAAAGUAAUAGUCUCAGA